GCGUGGGGUUUCCUGAGGCUGCGGGCAGGGGCCCGCCGCGCCCAUCCCGAUGGCUGGAGGCGUCUGAGGGGCGGACGGAGGCGGCGGCGGGAGCGGGCGGCGAGCAGGGCGCGGGGCCGGGAGUGGAGCAGCCGCCGCGGCGGGACCGGACCGAGCCUCGCCGGCGCGCACCUGCUCGCAGAGCGCGCAGCGCGGCCCGAGCGCGACGACCUCCCGGGCGGCGGCCGAGGCGGCGGCGGUGUGGGCGCGUCAGGCCGCGACGAGGGCGCUGAGAGACAUCUCGCUGCGUUGCUCAGGCUGAAGUACAGUGGUGUGAUCGUAGCUCACUGCAUCUUCCAACUCCUGCGCUCAAGCGAUCUGCCUCAGCCUCCAGAGCGGUUGGGACCACAGGCGUGUGCCAUCAAGCCCUGUGAGUACAUCUUAAAGGACUGAAGACACAUUUGCAUGUAUUGGACACCAGACCAGAAGCACUUCUGAAUUAAGAUCUCAGUUCUUGGAGGUGGAAUUGAAGAGCACUAAGAUCAGAAGAUGAGUGAACUUGACCAAUUACGGCAGGAGGCCGAACAACUUAAAAACCAAAUUAGAGAUGCUAGAAAAGCGUGUGCAGAUGCAACCCUCUCCCAGAUCACAAACAACAUCGACCCCGUGGGAAGAAUCCAGAUGCGCACUAGGAGAACGCUGCGGGGGCACCUGGCCAAGAUCUAUGCCAUGCACUGGGGCACGGAUUCCAGGCUUCUUGUCAGUGCCUCGCAGGAUGGUAAACUUAUCAUCUGGGACAGCUACACCACAAACAAGGUCCACGCCAUCCCUCUGCGCUCCUCCUGGGUCAUGACCUGUGCAUAUGCUCCUUCUGGGAACUACGUGGCCUGCGGUGGGCUGGACAACAUUUGCUCCAUUUAUAAUCUGAAAACUCGUGAAGGGAAUGUCCGCGUGAGUCGUGAGCUGGCGGGACAUACAGGUUACUUGUCCUGCUGCCGGUUCCUGGAUGACAAUCAGAUCGUCACCAGCUCUGGAGACACCACAUGUGCUCUGUGGGACAUCGAGACCGGCCAGCAGACGACCACAUUCACGGGACACACUGGAGACGUCAUGAGCCUUUCUCUCGCUCCCGACGCCAGGCUGUUUGUCUCUGGUGCUUGCGAUGCUUCAGCCAAACUCUGGGACGUGCGAGAAGGGAUGUGCCGGCAGACCUUCACCGGCCACGAGUCCGACAUCAACGCCAUCUGCUUCUUUCCAAAUGGCAACGCGUUUGCCACUGGCUCGGAUGACGCUACCUGCAGGCUGUUUGACCUUCGUGCGGACCAGGAACUCAUGACUUACUCCCACGACAACAUCAUCUGUGGCAUCACCUCCGUCUCCUUCUCCAAGAGCGGGCGCCUGCUCCUCGCCGGGUACGACGACUUCAACUGCAACGUCUGGGACGCGCUCAAAGCUGACAGGGCAGGUGUCUUGGCCGGACAUGACAACCGCGUCAGCUGCCUGGGAGUGACUGACGACGGCAUGGCUGUGGCCACAGGGUCCUGGGACAGCUUCCUGAAGAUCUGGAACUAACACCAGGAGCAGCACGUGGGCGCUGCGGAGACUGGAAGACCAUUCCACCCUGACCGUGACCUGACCGUGAGAGCAUACCCCAUCCAGCCGCACUAACGUGGACACCCUGCACCUCCCCUCAGAACUUCAAAAGGGCAAGAUCUUUUUCCUUCACUUAUUGCUGAAACCAAGAGCACAAUUCCCGUCGAGAGAAGGAUCUCUGUGCUGUAAACUAAAACAAAUUGUGCAUUCCUUCCGGGGCCAUCGUCUUCGUUUUCUUUUUUGUCUUGAAUGAAUUUUAAAAGGAAAUACUAUAAUAAACAUGUUAACCAGAAGGUAACCUGAGUGUAAUGUGGGACAGACACACCUCUCCGCUAGCUUAUCUGAACUUUAGACCAGUGACCCUGUUUGUGACAUUCAUGCAAAACAAGUUAAGGACUUUAUCUUGUAAUAGUUUCUAAAUUUCAAGUCAUGUUUGUAACAGGAUUUUGGAAGCAUUCAUAUUUCCUUUUUUAAAUAUAUUCCUUUAUGUUCGUAGUGAAACAGAACCAGAGUCUAGGGCAGCCUCUCUGACAUUGUCACUGAUGUAAAUUCAGUCCCUGGGUUUUUUUUGUUUUUUUUUUUCUCGUUUUCUGUCUAUGUUGCGAUGAUUGUCGCACACAAACAUGGCAUAGAAAAGAACGUGUUGAGAAGGGAAGUGACCAAGCACACGCUGUUGACGGUCUUGCAUGUGUGAUCAGAGAGCCCCUCGCCUUUUCUGAAUAGUGAACUCAGAUCCAGCACCCACUUCCUCCCGGCCCAGCCUCUCUGCCUUCUCAGUUAGUCUUCAUCUCACCCGGGUUUCCUUGUGGAGUUGGAGGGAAGUUCAUAACAGCCUAACACUACCCGCCCCACCCCAACCACCAGGAACCUGUUUUCAAGAGAGAUGCCUGUCCUGUGCUUGGAUAGUCAGUCAGUUAUUUGUGUAUGAAACAAUGUACAAAUCAAUGUUUUGAAAAUAAUGAUCUCAGACUUUCUAAGUUAAAUUUUAAAAAAAUUUGAUUGUUUGCCAUAUUGGGUGGGUUUACUCUUAGAUUCGCAUGCUGUAGAAAUGCUCAAAAGUGCAUAUAGGACUCAGUCCUUAGAUGUUCUUUUUGUUUUAAGAAAUAACCUCUUAACGUGUAACCAUUGCAGCUCUGUCCACUUCUUGUUGCUGCUCUGCACACAUAUCGGAAGCAGUACAAUAAGCAGCUCUACACGCUUGAGUAGCAGGAUAAGUCACUGUUUUCUUUAUUUCUUUAAAAAAAACCAGUCCUGUUGCAAACGGUUGCUGUUGGAUUCUGAGGGUCGAGAGGGAGGCAGGACGGAGAAGGGACGGAGAGCUGCCCUCCCGAUCCACCAGCUCCCCGUGGCCCCUCCCCACAGAACGAGCCUGGGAUCCAAGGCAGAUCAUUUUUACCACAUGCAAAUGUCCUGGUUUCAUUUCCAGCCCAGUGUCCAGCAGCAGCGUUUGGACAGCAGCGUUCUGUGGACCCCCACCCCCACCCCAGCACCCCUCAUAGCAGCAGUAGUGGCUUCUCCAUCCUGUUCUGCGACACUAUACAAAACUGUGCUGUGACCGUGCGGUAGGCCUGGAUCUGGCAAAGAGAAUAAAAAUGAAACCCUUCUUUCUCCUUCCAUCAACACCUCUGUAGAGCUCUCUGCACCCUUACCCUUUUCACCUUUUGUAUUUAAUUUUAAAGUCAGUGUACUGCAAGGAAGCUGGAUGCAAGAUAGAUACUAUAUUAAACUGUACUGUUAUUUAAGAUGUAAUAAAGCAGUUUGACAUGAGGG